ACUAUACGCUAUAGCUUCAAAAUUUUUGAUAUCUUCUAUAUUUUGUGAAAAAUUUGCCGAGCUGUACGUAUUAUCUCGACGCGGAAAUUGUGGAUAUAGAUUGUUAGUAAAGGAGCAUCAUAAAAUUCAUUGACGCUUACUCGAAAAAGUUAUGUUCACUAGAAGCAGAGGUGGAUCUCAAAGUUAUGGAGCAGGCCGAGGGUCAAACAACCCGGGAUAUCCAAUGGGCACUAAUGCGUAUAAUCAGCAGGGCAACUACCAAUCGAAGCCAAGUGAAAUACCAAUGAAUCAACAACAGAAUAUGAAUCAACAAAUGCAACCUGCUCAAAAUAAACAACCGAUCAAUGAGCAAACUGGAGCACAAAUACAAAAUAAAACAAUGUCUUCUGGACCAAAUCAAGGACAACAGCAGCAACCACAAACACCGCGUCUUAAACCCAUUCUCAAACAAAGUACACCAAAUAACAAUCAACCUACAUCGACUCCACCUCAGUCAUCACCUGUAACUGCUCCUACACCUACUGCUCCAGUCACUCCAGUUGCUCCAGUUGCUUCCACUGAUAAUACUGCUCCAGUUGUAGCUGAUUCUAAUGUACAAGAUUCAAAUGAAACAAAAGAUGUUGAAAUGACUACAAUAUCUGAAACAGACGGGCAACCUCGUUGGAAACGACUAAAAAUACCUGGAGUUAAGGUCAACAGAAAAUUAAAACGUUUGAGAAUGAAUCAGCGCUUAAGAAAAACGUUGAUGCCAAAAAAUGCAAUUAUGGUCUUGAAUGAAAUGAAAGCUGGUGUUAGAUUCAAUUUGAUAGAAAAUCAAUCACUACCAAACUCUAUGUUCCUUGUUCACGCUGAGCUGGAUGGUAAAACUUACGUUGGACAAGGACUAUCAAAACCAUUAGCCCGUCAAAAUGCUGCUGAAAAUGCUUUGAAGGGCCUAUUAUUAGAGAAAAUGAAUGCAGCAUCAAAGAAAAUGAUUAAAAUGGAAGAAGAUAGUGAUACGAAUAGCCAAAAUAACUCAAUGAAUAAUGAUGAAGAUGGUGAGAGUACCAAUAUUCCUAUUCAAACACCAAUGGAAACCAAUGCAGAGCCAGAUGAAACUGAUGAAAUUCCUUGGAGUUCAUUAGCAAGUUUUGCUUUGUAUAAAUUAUUUCUUGAGUGGCAGAAUCAAGGAACUGUAGUACCAAUGCCUAGAUCUGGUAUUCAACAAGCAGCAAAAUCAAAAGCGGAAACUCGAGUUGUAUCUGAAAAGAAGUUACCACCAAAUCCGUGGACAGUACAUCCAGUUAUGUUACUGAAUCAAAUGAGGCCUGGUUCAACUUAUGUUGAAGUUAGUCGACGAGGAAACCCACCUAAUACAGUUUUUACUUUAUCAGUUGAAAUUGAUGGGCAGGCUUAUUGUGGUGAAGCUAAAAAUAAAAAAGAUGCCAAAAAAAUGGCAGCAAAGAAUGCCCUCAAAGCUGUUUUUAAUGUUGAUUAUCCUGAAGAUAAUCAAACAGAAAUGAAUACUUCACAAAUACAGACAUAAGUUUAUAUACGAUUUCAAUUAUGACACUCUUAUAACAUAUAAAUUAUUGAUUAUACGUAUUAUA